AUGGCUAAAAGCAAAAAACCGAUUUUAGCCAUCUCAAGCGUAGCCGAUUCUUCCCUAGAUGUAUUUCAAUAUCAGAGAGGUGAGAAUAUUUUGGAUUUAAGAAUUAUCUACGAAAACGAGGGAGGUGAUGUAGGGCCACAAUAUCGAAUACAUUACAAAGGAUGGAAUAAAAAGUGGGAUGAAUGGGUUUCUGAAUCAAGAAUUCUUAAGAUGACAGAAGAAAACAUUGCGGCCACAACAAAAAUAAAGCAAAUUCAAACAGCACCUCCGAAUAAUUCAUCAUCAUCAGUUUUUGUGCAAAUUGAAUCGAUUGAUGAGAUGCUAUUGCCCAAUACAACCACACAAAAUGAACAAAAUUCAAAAACAUCUAAUUUUAAAAAUCGCAUCUUAAAACGUACUGUUGAUCAAGGGCAAGCAAUAGCGAGCACAUCAGGCAAAAAUGCGAAAAGGGCAAAAAAGUGCAAGAUUUCUGUUGAAAUUACAGAUGAAGGAAUGCUUCGACUUGUUGACGAAUGGCAGUGGAACACUAAAAAUCAACUCCUUGUUUAUCCUAUGCCACGACCCAAGACGGUUAAUGAUAUUUUGGAAGAUUUCUUUGAUUUUAAAAUGGAGAAGCUUAAAGAACAAAGUAAAACGUCUAUAGGCAGAAAUAGAGGACGUAUAACUAAAACACAAGAAAUAGCAGCGAGGGAUGUAACAAAUGGUAUCAAACAAUACUUUAAUGAAGCACUUCCAAUAUAUUUACUUUAUCGAUUUGAGCGUCAACAAUAUGUCGAAAUGACAGAAAAAUAUCCAAAAAAAGAAAUGUCAUCUAUUUAUGGGGCUGAACAUUUGAUGCGCCUUGUCGUUAAAAUCCCAGAACUAGUUCAUGCAGUACAAAUGAAAGAGCAAAAAGCCGAGAGUUUAGAACAAAUAUUUAACGAACUAGCAAGUUUUUUGGAAAAUCAAUGUAAAGAAUAUUUCGCGAAGCAAUUUGAAUUCGCACCAGCACCAUAUAUUAGGGUCAUUUGGGAGUACUGA